AAAGCGUAUCGCGGGGCUGGAGAACCUCUCUGCUUGUUCGGCAAAGUUCUAGAAGCCCCGGAGCACUCGUUCCAAAGUAGUGAUUGGCCAUCACAGCUGAGACGGUCAACAUCUAUCAACGGAAUCUGAAGCAGAGGGAGUUGGUCUCAGGAUGGCGGUGAGACUCUCAGCCGUCGUUAUCAGAGCUCGUAGGGCUCGAUAUGCUAGUGAAACAGGAACGGGUUUUGGUGAUCCAGUAUAUCUUCGUUGGUCCAUAGUAAAUAAUCGGUCGCAAUGGAUCAGUAUGAAUUUGCAAUUGAGGUGUAGGACGAUUCAGGAACCGCAUUCCAUUCUAAUGGCGCACGGCGCUGAAUUCCUUCCAUGCGCACCACCACCGUAUUCGACAGCGCUUUGCAGGAUCGAACUAUUCCUUGACAAGAUAAACCAUACAUGCUUAUGCACGAGCCUGGGUUGUAGAUACAGUAAGUUCCUGCACAUUAUCUGGCAUCCACAGAGUGUCAGUGCUGGUCAGUCAAUACUCAAUACAGUAAUAACACUUACACAUCCGCGUAAGCCUUCUUUCCCCACGACGAUUUUCUUGCAUGUGGCUCCAGUCUGUCGGCGCAGAAGUCUAGGUUCCGCGGCCCGCCUUGCCAUCUGAUGGCGACAUGGUGAUCCCCGUGGGGGUUAAUCUACAGCCAUCGGGGAUGCACUGUACUGGACUACUGGUACAGCCCUUCAUGGUCGUCAGUGAGGUGAACAUAUAGUCCGGGAUCCCAGGUGAUUGUAUUCGGAGUGUCGGAUCUCUGCGAUAUUAGGGCUUUGGCCAUGUGGUCCGAUUAAUAGGGUUCGAUUUUAACCGCAGAGUUGCUGAGGGAGCGGAGAGGACGGCCUCUAUUCCAAAGUAGGUACGGUACCUCGACUACAAUUUACAGUGGUUGGGAUACCUCUGGUGGGAGGCACA